AUGAUCGGGUCAAUACAUUUGAGGUCAUCCGACAAAACUUGUUUGGAGGCGGAGUCGGCAGAAGAAGAAGAAGGCUUUUUGUAUGACAGGAGCGGUGGUGGGAGUCGUGAGUGGAGUGGAGUUGGAGUGGAGUCUGAGCCGAGAAUGCAGUUAAUAAGAGCUUUGAUAUCAGCCAAGAGUAUUACUGGAGAAUCGUUGGUGAAUGACGUGCACAUCGAGUGUAAUAGCAAUGAUAUACUCGUGACCUUAAGUGCACCCAAUUCUUUCAAUGGUAUGAUAUAUCCAAAAGGAUUAUCAAAGAACUCGAGUUGUAUGGCUGAGUACAGAUCCACUGCCAAUAUCACCUAUAAGUUACCGCUUCGUUCAUGUAAUACAAUGAGCACUGAUGUGGACGAUGGGGUCGAGUAUUUCAAUACAGUUGUGGUUCAACCGCACCGACGACUUGUCACUAAUCAGGGAAGAGGUUAUCACAUAAGAUGCAGAUAUCAGACCAGAGAGAAGAGAAUUUCCAAUGGAUUUAAUGUCAGUAUUGAGAAGCUUGAGCUAAGCUUUGCUUUUCAUAAGUUCUUCAGUAUUCAUGAGACGUUUGUUCACUUGGAGUGCAAAAAACAAGAAAAACAAUUUUAG